AUGUCGCCGCCACCGCGGAACCACGCCGUCCACCAGGAUCAGGGCCAGCAGCAAGCGCAGAAUCAGUCGCCGCAGACUGUUCCGUUCUCUCCGGUGCCGCCGUCGUCCGGUCCGAACACUCCGAUACCUCUCUACCCGACAGGCGCGGCCGCCAUCAUACCGGCUCCACCCACCUACGAGCUGAUACCUAAUCGAAUUUUUGUCGGGGGGUUCCCAACUUCCGUGAGUUUUCCUACUGAUUUUGACUCAUUUUUUUUAGUUUGUAGUGUUUUCAGACCACAGAAUCCGAUCUACGAGAGCAUUUCGAGAAGUUCUUCCCGGUGAAAGAUGUGAAAAUGGUCAAAUCGCUAGACGGAGUCUCCAAGGGCUACGGAUUCAUCACUUUUGAGUCGGAGGAUCAAGCAGAAGCCAUCCGCCAUCUGAAUCCGAAGCAACUAGAGUUCCGCAAUCGGAAACUCAACUUGGGGCCAGCCAUUCGCAAAAUAAACGCAAACGCGUUCCAUCCCAGUAAGUUCUCCGCACAUCAGGUUUGUAAUCUUCCCAAUUUUCGAUUUCCCAGGCUAUGCGAUUGCGACGACUCCAUCGCAAAUAGUUCCCGCUUCUCCAGGAGCGUUCGGCUAUGCCAUUCCGGCUUCUCCAAGCCCGUACGGAGCAUUUUCGUUGUCUGCGACUCCGCAGAUGUUCGUCUAUCCUCCAAUUGCCAAUCAGGAUGCGAACAGAGCUCCGUCUGAUCAACAGACGAGCCCGCAGAACAGCCCAUCGCAGCAACAACAGCAAGUGUUCUUUGGAGGAGAGCACGAGCCGGUCAGAUCGUACGCGAAUGCAGUGACUGGUGGGUUCUCAGAGCUAUUCUAGGCGAAAUGCAGCAGUACAGUUGCAGGAACCGAAAAGAAUGAUCAAUCGUCUGACGAGAAAUCGGGACAGCAGCCGUUGGGAACCAAUAACAACGCGCUGAACACGCAAUAUCAGGGACCGCAAUGGAAUGGAAACGAUCAGCAGUCCAUGGAUCCAAACAACAACAACGGUCCGUACUACAACGAAAACUACGCGCACGGAGGAUAUCCGCAACCAUAUCCACAGUACGGAUACAUGAACGAGAAAAAUGGAUCUAUGCCGACGGUUCCGGUAAAACCAGCUUCCGGCAGAAUAUCUGGAAUCAAUUCCAAUUCCGUUUCAGUUGCAGGUCUACAUGAACAGCAACGGAAUCUACACGCCCGCCUACCCGUACAUGAACCAGGCGAGCCAGUAUCCGCCGCUGAUGCCGCCCUACUGGCCGCAACACCAUCCGCAGAUGAAGAGUCCGUACUACAAUCCGGGAUGGAUGGGACCGGCCGGCGAUAUGCACUAUCAGCACGCACAGCAGCAGCAACAACAACAAGUCCAGUGCUAUUCAGGGUAUUAUGGAGGUCAUCAGGCGUACGGAAACGACGAAAACUCGUUCCCGAGACCGUUGCAGCCACCGCGCACCGGAAAGAAGAACCGGAAGCCGUCGGAGAGUCAGGAGAAGAAGAACAAGAGCCCGUCGAAGGGUGAGUAGAAGCCAUAGCUCAAAAUUAUUGUAAUUUCUAUAUUUCAGGAUUCCGUGGUGACAAGAACUCCGGCUCGCCGACCAACUCUUCUCCGGAAGCGAAAAGCCAGAAGGGACGCGCGAAUUUGGCUAUUUCGCCGCUCUCGACCUCCCUCCAGUCACUAGCCAUCUCCUCGCCCACUAAGCAAUAA